UUUGAAUUUUUAAAAUAAAUAUUUAAUCACUCAAACUCAAAUAACCGUUAAAUAUGCGUUACCAAGACAUUUUGCUCGGCAUUAUCGUCGCCGCUCUUAUGACCUUCAUUUGCGCCGAUGCGAAAACGGUAUUUCGACGUGCAGACAAAAUAUCUCAUCCCUUUCAACGUCUCAAUUUACCGCCUGAGGAAAUCGAUCCGAAUGUAGCGCCACUCGAUCCACAACAUAUCGAGUCGCUGAACUCUGAAGAUGUGUCUGGAGCUGGCGUAGAUGAAUCAACACAACAAUUUGCCGAUGAAGUUCUCGAUCAGGCAGAUGAAGCAACAGCUGCUGCAGCUGUAACGGAUGAAGUUGUCAAUGAAGCGGCCAACGAAAUUGAAGAGACAGUUGCAACAGCUGCACCUGCAGUUGCCACACCUGCUGUAGCGGCAGCUUCACCAGCCGCUGCUAGCAGUGCAGGUGCCACCGCAGCGGCCACUGAGGCAACCACUGUGCAGAACCAGGAUGAUCCCAGUCCCAUUAGUAAAUACUGUAAAUGUACCGAUGAUCAUUGCGAUUGCUGUCGGCAAUUCAAUUUGCCAUUGAUACCAGUGCGUGGACCCGGUUGUGCGAAGAUCACCUAUUUGGGCAAUGAGCGUAUGUCGGUGUCGAUCAAAUAUGGUGAUAUCACAUUGGCAACACGUACCAUAUCCGGCAAGCGCGCCAAGCCAAUCUGCGUUGGUUUACCUGGUGGUUACUCGAAGUUCUGCGGUCGCGUCUACGGUUUGUCCAGAGCCAAGAACGACUUCAAGGCUUGCUUAGGAUUCGAGUUGCGCGCCGAGGAUGAAGUAGAGGCAGCGCUGCGUGUUUCGUGCUUUAAGUUCGGUCCCGAAGGCUUGAGAGUUGCCGAAGCCGAGCCAUUACCUGUCGAGGUGAAUAAGGACGAAGAUGAUGAUGACAUUUUCGGCUUCGGAGCCGGCGGUGAUGAUGAUGACGACGAUGACUAUGACGAUGAAACUGACGAAGCUGAGGAAGAGGAGGAAGAUGAGACCGAUGAGGAUGACGAUGCUGAAGAGAACGAUGAUGACGAUACUGAAGCGCCUGCUGAUGCAGAUUAUGGGGGCUUUAGCUUAGCUGGCUUACUGGAUGAGUUGGACGAUGAUGACGACGAAAAACCUGCCGCCCCAGCAGCUGUUACAACGCCUGCUAACAGUGCACCCACUUCACGUAUCGCCGACCACAAAGAUAAUGCACAGGGAAAAGAGGACAAUGGUGCCGCAGCAUCGGAAGGACACGUCGAGUCGGCUGGUGAUGAGGCGACGCUUACACCAGCACCCGCAGUAGCUGACGCCACCACUGUGAAAUCGACGAAAAAAUCGAAAAAGGCGCGCAAACAAAAAAAGAAGAAGACUGCAGCGGCGGGUGAAAAUGAUUUUGCACUCGAAGUUUUGAAUGGUAUUCUGGAUUUUUUCAAUUGAGCCUGCAAACCGGUCUUGCAGGCAUGCAUGGAAAUAGUGUAAAUACGAUUUAUUGAAGCGAGUGAAUUUUGCGCUUGCUUUAGUAUAAAACAUAAUUAGAUUAAGUGGGAGUAUUUAAGUAAAAAAGGAAAUAUUUAUUUAAUUUAUUGAGUGUU